AUGACUUGUGAACUAAGAGAUGAGAACCCACAUCUGACCACAGGUCCCGCGCAAGGCGUUGAAGGAUACGCACCACCACAUAUGAAUCAACAAAGUUUUUAUCAACCCAAUCGGUUCACACACAACACAAAGAAGAAGAAGAAGAUCAAGAGAAAAGAUGAAGAGAAACCUGUUCCUCUAAUAGAUGGAGAUGCAUUUGAAACGCCACUCAAGUUUAACUCUCAGUCAAAAAAGGCUGUGACAUUUGGUUCUAAUAAGAAAACUUCUAAGGGAAAAAAGACGGCUACCGCACAUAACAGAGAUCAAUGUCCAGCAACAGAUAAAACUAAGUGUCAUCUUCUGCGGUUUAUCAAGCUUUACGUGGUGCACUUGGUAUCUUUCAAGCCAUUGAUGAUGGCGUUGCUGGUCAGUCUAAGCGCUAGAAGAAAGUCUCAGUUGAUAAGGGAGUAUGCGGCUAAUAAUUUGGUCAACACGAAAAAAUCAGAAUUAAUCGAAAUGCAAAAGGAUCAAAAAGCAGAAGAAAUACAAGUUAUUCAAGAGAUAAAGCAAAAGAAAAAAAUUGAACAUGAUUUUGAUUUAAACAAAACGAUUUAUGAAGAUGGAGGAGAGUUUCACCCCACAGAUGAAUUUGUUUCUAAGAAAGAUAUUAAACAUGAAUUCGAUCUAAACAAAAUAAUGUUUAUUGACAAAGUUGCAAGAAUUCAUCCGGAUCAAAGAAUUCAAGAAAGCAUGAUCGAUACAGCUCAUCGUCACUCCGAUACCAACGAUGCCGACAGGAAUUUUCUCAUCGACGACGACCACCGCCUCGUCACCUGCUCUUCCCGAGGAUUAUUUUUUUCGGCUCUACUGAUCCUUCUCGACUUUUCUUCUGAUCUCGAUUAA